AUGCCCAGUAGCGGAGAGGAGGCACUAAUGGAACGCAUUGGAGCGUUUAUUGAGAGUAAAUUGGCGGCUCUCGAAUCUCGGUUGUUAUCGAAUAAGGCACUACACCCACCACUGGGAGUGAAGUCCAUGACGGUUGUCACUGAGCAAUUAACAACGCCGAUGCAGUCGCUUUCAGCCGAUGCACGAUCGCAAAAGAAGAAAAAUAAAAAGAAGGCGAGGAAACGGCAGAAGCCGACAUAUCCACCUGUGGCAGAUCUACCUGCUGUAGCGAAGCCUGUGCUGCAAACUUCUGCGUCUACAGUAACAAGGUCUUGGGCGGACGUGGCUAAAAGACCAAAAGUACACCAGACGACACAAAAGUCGCCGAUGAACUAUGUGUCCAAGGAACAGUUCACGAAGAUGAAAUGGACCUGUCCGUGCCCCAACAUCUGCGGCUGUAACAAUUACUUUACGAGAGGGUUCCACCGCUACCUACGGCAGCAUAAUGAAGGACGCCAAAGCGAAAAUUCUGCUAGAGGAACUCGUAAUCGAGGUUAUCUGACAAAAGCGUGCCAUUACAGGGGGAAUCCUAAUGGAGAUCGGCGGAAC